AUGCCUCCUUCGCCAAAUGAAUGGAUGGAUCUGACAAGCAUUCCCACUGAAACAUUUUUCGAUCAUUUGUAUUUUUUAAAGGAGAGAACACCUGCCGAGGACCGGGAUCACACCCAUGUUCAGUUCGCCCUCGCAGGUCGAUACAAGCAGCCAGAUGGAAGAACACUGCUCGUCAAACUUGAUACUCCACCGGCAGUCGCAAAUGGGGUCGAGAAGAUCCGCCGUCUGGGUGCUAUGCUUGGAACCUCCCGCAAGUUCCCAUGCAGUUUAGCAAUGGACGUGCUGAGGCUUCCGCACCCAAAGUGGGAGCUGAACAACGAACAAGAUCUCACUAAAGACUUCACUAAUUCAUACGGAGCAUACAGCAAUAUUCCUUUGCAGAAUGUUCCUCACAUAUCAUUUGCUCUUGGCUCAGCAGAUAACACAAAGGUGUUCACAUGGCUAUGCUUACCGGAACUCUAUUACAAAGGCUGCUCCCCUCGCAUACUCAGGACAGAUCUCUACCACCUCUACCUCACUGCGCUUCACCCGGCUUAUGAAGCGAGCAUUCCAAACCUCACUCCGCUGCCUAAGGUGACCAAAGUUGAAGACUUUGUGUCCUUAUCCACUUCUGCAUUCGAGGAGUUUUCCUGCAGCCUCACAGUUGAAGAAGACUCGCUAUCAACUUUCACCGAAACUCUGUUCCACUGUAUGGACGCAGACGACAUAUUUCGCGGCGCGUACUUCGUGCAUCACGUUAGCCCACGGACUAUUGAGCAUUGUCCUACUAGUCAACGUGAGCGGAACAAUGCAUGGUUGGAGGCAAGAGGUGCACUGGAUGAACUGCCAAUGGACAAGGACAUCGAUGGCUGGGAAGGGAAUGUACAGCUUCUCUUCCGAAAGCCAGGUGCUGUCCUGCUGUGGCAGCACGAUGCAAUCAAGACGGUCUUAAACUACCUGCUCCCUGAUAUGGAUGAAGAGGAGAUCGCCAACCUCGUAGAUGAGCGGAAGUCAUCAUCUGCAGCAGCUACAUUCACCUUCGGAAACACCAUUGUCAAUCUGUCCUCUGCUGGUCUCCCUAUCACCCGCCUCGAGUUUCAUACCAAGGACUACAGCACGGCCCCAGCUGGAUGGAGAACCUUCGGAACUGAUGAUACGUUUCCUUCGCAUCUGGCUGUCUGUCGUCAGUCUGCUACAAAGGCGCAGAAAACAUGCUUUCAGUUUGCUACUGCCGACUCACCUACUGGUGAUGUUGAAUGUCGCCUUACUGUCCACGGGAAGCUCGAAGGACUCAAGAACACUUUGUCCUCUACGCCUGCUAGCAGCAGCCUGUUCUACGAAAUAAGCAAACGGGGCUGGUGGAGAUUCCGUGGUACCCGCAUCUUCGCAGCAAACAUAGUGCUGAAAAGCCUCAAAAUAACACCAAAAGAUGCUCGCGUUUGGCCCACAGUUUUAGGACUGGCUGCUAUCGCAAUCCACAUUAUCAACACUUGUAUUCAACCACAAGUCGAAAGCGCUGCCCUACAUCAGACUUUGUACGACGCGGCCUAUCAGAUUGCUCCAGAUGCCAGCAACGCGGUGGAAGCAGAUUGGGCCGAGGCUGCCGAAACCCUCGAACCAUUUGUCGAGCAGCGUGGAGCCUAUUUUAUGGCUGAUGUAAUGAAGAAUCUCCACGAUGAAGGACGAGGCUAUUUUCUACGCUUACCACAGUCGUACGCGGAGCUUGCAAGCGGGUUGGUGGACAUAUACAACCAACAAUCAAUGAGCGAUUUGCGCCGUGAGUUUGGAUUAGGAUCUCAUCAAACACACAUUAUCAUCGCUCCAAGCAUCCAUCGACUGUCCAAAGGAAGAGACACAGCUCUGGUGCAGCACACUUGGCAGAGGCCCCUGCCUCCUCCACUGACAUUUGAACUUGCCGACGUGGAUAUCCGGAUCCGUUCUGUUACUGCUCUGACCGGAGUCGACGCCCGCGACAACGAAGACGAGGAAUACGACAGGCUAGAUGAUAUGCUGCAAGGAACACUUAUCGAUAUUCUCAAUCGGAUCUACUUGCAGCUUUGCCACGAUCUCAUGGCCAAGUCACCGAACGCGCGCGGUGGGGGAGCAUAUACCACAGUAACUCGCCAAGAGCUUUUUUCUAUCCCACCCGGACUCUACCUCCAGCCUGAAUUACCCUUUGAACGGAUAUGCAUCGAACUCUGCGACCGCGACGAAUGGAUCAGGACCGUGCACAACCUCCUACCGAGAAAGGGGUACAUUACUCCUCCAAAGGCUAUGGCAUACCCAAAAAGCACAUACUACAAGGCAUGGAUUGCACUCUUGGACCGUAUGAACCCCUCACACGCGGCAUAUGUGACGAAGAAAAUGCGAGCCGAAAUUUCCAAAUUCUUAUGGCUACCAAAAAAUGACAAAAACUCCAUGUGGAUCACACAAUCCAACCAUCCAACCAGGAGCAUUACCUUGGGAGAUGAAGAUCGUCGAUCAUGCCCAGUCCUCGUUGUAAAUCCCAUCUACGUACACAGUGUAGAGGAGCUGGGCAGAUUUGUGGCACGCGACUUAUAG